AUGAAAGAAGAACAAACUGUUAAGCAAGAGACUAAGCAACAGACCAAUAGAGAUUUAACAUCUGAUUAUGUAGAGAAAGAUAAAAACAAAAUUGAUUUCACAAAAGGUGACCCAAAGGAUUUUAAAUUUUAUCCUGAUAAUCCAAAAAGUCAUAUUCAUAAAUAUAAAUGGACGAUGAAAGAACCUUCAAAAUUUUACGAUCCUUGUGAAGAAAGUAGACAAGCUUCAAUGGAUUGUUUAUAUAGAAAUCAAGAUGAUAAAUAUGCUUGUCAAGAUUUCUUUGAUGCUUAUAGAGAAUGUAGAAAAGAUUUCUUUAAUAAAAAAAAGAAAGAUAAAAGAGAAGGUCAAAAAGGUUGGGGUUGGUAG